GAAUUAGUUCUUUCCCACUCUUGAGAAGAUUGGGAAAUCUAAAAGUACUAAGAUUCUGUAAUUUCAACAGGCCUCCCCAAAAGUUGAAAUAUUUUUCAUUUAAAGUUGCAUUGUGCUCACUGCUCUUGCUAGUGCCCUUCCAAGUAUGGUUCCUUAUUCGUCUUUUGUUCAAAUAUUGUUCAAGUAACGCAUAUGCAGUUUUGCACUAUUCAUGAGAUGGCAAAUAUAUGCACGAUGCACCAAGAUUCCAAUUUCAAAGAACGAUCAGUUCAAAGAUAUCUAGAGCUUUAUUGUUGCACAAUGUGGGAUGGAUUCCAAGCAAUUAUACAUGGUUUGGAGGUCCAGAGCCUAAUCGGCCCAGGUCCCGGACUUGGACCAGCAGGCCCAAGCCUAGUGAUCCAGGGCUCAUUCCGACCCAACCGAUCAGGCCCAUCAAAGAGUGAAAGCCCAGGGCGGCCUGCCGUCCAGCCCAGCAGGGAGCCUGCCUACCAGCCCAGUCAGCAGCCUGCCUUCCAGCCUACCUGGGAGCCUGCCUACCAGCCCAGUCAGCAGCCUGCCUUCCAGCCUACCCGGGAGCCUGCCUUCCAGCUUACCCGGGAGCCUGCCUUCCAGCCUAGUGGGGAGUCUGCCUUCCAGCCUAGCCAGGAGCCUGCCGACCACCACCCCAGCUGGGAGCCUGCGGUCCAGCCCAGCUGGGAGCCUGCGGUCCAGCCCAGGUGGGAGCCUGCCUCCAGCCCAACGGGGAGCCUGCCUUCCAGCCUACCCGGGAGCCUGCCUCCAGCCCGGUCAGAAGCCUUCCUCCAGCCUAGCGGGAAGCCCACCGUCCAGUCCAGCAGGGGGGAGCUCAAGCGUCCAGCCUGCCAGCCAGGCUGACCUGCCAGCCAGGAAGAGUAACGGCCAACAAUCAAUGCGCUACUUAAUUAUGUGUUUAAUUCCGUAUUAAUGUUGUAAUUAAUUUAGUCAUUAUUAUGUUCGGCAGUUAACAUUUGUAAUCGCCUAUAAAAGGCAAUUCGAAUUUCAAAUACAGAUAUG